GAUCCAGAUGUGGUUAAAUUCACCGAAGAUGGCUGGAAAAAAUUAGUUUCUGAAGGAAAAACCAGAGGAGCGACGAACAGAGGUGAUUUUUAUGUCAAGUGCGCAAGAGUCCAAAUUGUAGACACUGAGAGAAGAUACACUAUACUUGUUAGAUAUGCCACCAAUUUAUCCGGAAAAAUGUUAAAUUGUUUAAUAUUUGUUAUGACGACUCAAACGGAGCCGUUGACUAUAAGUUGUUACAUCGGAAGUUUUACAACCAAUGACGACCCGACAGAACGCGAGCAAUAUAAUAUGUUCAACCUCUUCUACAACAACGAGCUAUUCUGUCCUAGAGGAUAA